CCUUACAGAGAGUAGGAGGAAAUAAAAGAAGUACUAAAGCUUGAAUCUUGGUUCAUUAAUCCUCAAUGCUCUCGUUCGCAGGGCGUAUUCGGAGCUCCGCCCUCAGACCAUGGCCGCAAUUAGUUCACCUUCGGUUGGCCCGAACUGACUCCGGUUCAUCGUCUGCCCAUAACAGGAGGCGGCAGAAGUUUGCCCCAUCGAAUUUGCUUAAGAAAGCAGACGAAGACAAAUCAGAAUGGUGGGUAGUCGACGGCGAGAUGCACGAGAUUGGGGAAAACGUUCCACCCAGAGAACGCUUCGUGAUUCCCAGAGAAAAUAUUCCAAACAAGCGCAGAAAGCAGCUUCGGGAACAGUUCAUGCGCCGCACUCGGCUUGUUCUUAAAGAAUCUGAGCAUGAGCCAUGGUGUAAAAGAUAUAUGGAAUUGUACAAUGAGCUGAGGGAGAAUUGGGAGAGGCUGUAUUGGGAUGAGGGUUACUCCAAGAAAAUUGCUCAAGAUCAUGCCGGCUACGAUUCAGCUGAGGAUGAUGAUGAAGAUUUCAACCCGUAUAGAAGAAGGCAAAACCGGGCUGAGCAAUUCAAGGACCAAGGAAUGGGGAGAAGUAGGGAAGCAAAUACUUGGCAAAAGGUUAGACAAAUUCGUGAUAAGUUUGAAUAUGAUCGAGAGAGAAGAAUGAGGGAGAAAGCCUUUGCACCCAUGAGUGGAGGAAAUGAUUUCAGCACAGAUGAUUUUGCCUCCAGGAAUCAGCCAUUUAAUGCUGAGAGAUACAUAUCCGAGAGUGAUAGCGAGUGACUAGAGGAUGAUUCAUGACGUGCAAUGCUUUUUUAAGCAUUUUUUGGAGGCGAGCCAUCUUUGCAUUGAACUGCAUCCAGAAAUUCUCUUCUGAUGGUAGAUCAUCUAUGCCCAGGCUGAAGUGGGAAUGCAAAAUGGCGGGAUGAAGGUGUACUGACUGCAACUUUGAAUGUCUCGGAUCUCAAGCUUAUAAUUUUUUUCCAUUUUUCUUAGUUUCUAUUUCUUUGCAAGCCCUUUCUCUUUGCAGCCAAAAAAAAUUGUACUAGUAGUUUUGGCUUUAUCGUUGGCAUUUUUCUUUGCAGUUGCUUGUAAAUAGAAAAGUUCUAAUCUGUUGGCAGGAAAGCAGGGACUUGUAGGGGCGUCUCAGUCUGAUUAAGAUUGUGUGUUGAAAGUUACAACAGUAAAAGGGGUGGUGCUGUACUUUGACCAGGAUUGCAUUCGGGUGAUACAAAUAUGUUGCUAAUUGUUGUUUGGAUA